UCGCAUGCUCCGGGGCGGCUAGAGCGUCCUCCUGGACUCGUAUGCUCCCUGGCGGCUAGAGCGUCCCUCCUCCUGGGGACCCGCGUGUGACCUUCCCGCCCGCGGAGCGAUGCUGCCGGUGGCCGCUCUCCCCCUGGGGGGGCCAUGUUUCGGGCUACGCUGCGCCGCGCUCCGCCUCGCCAGGCAACAGGUGCCAGGAAUCAGUGCCUGGCGGCACCUGAGGAGCAGCAGCCACCGACGGGGUGAGGCCCUCGCGGGUGCCCCACUAGACAACGCCCCCAAGGUGUACCCUCCCAAGAUCCAGCAGCUGGUCCAGGACAUCGCCGGGCUCACGCUCCUGGAGAUCUCGGACCUCAACGAGCUCCUGAAGAAAACGUUGAAGAUCCAGGACGUUGGCCUCAUGCCGGCGGGCGGCCUGAUGCCUGGAGCUGCCGUGGCCACGCCUGAGGUGGCAGAAGAGGAAGAAAUCCCCAAGCAAAAAGAGCAGACACACUUCACCGUCCGCCUGACAGAGGCGAAGCCUGUGGACAAAGUGAAGCUGAUCAAGGAAAUCAAGAACUACGUCCAGGGCAUCAACCUGGUCCAGGCGAAGAAGCUGGUGGAGUCCCUGCCGCAGGAAAUCAAGGCCAACGUCACCAAGGCCGAGGCCGAGAAGAUCAAGGCGGCCCUGGAGGCAGUGGGCGGCACUGUGGUUCUGGAGUAGCACCUGGCACCAAGGACUUGAGGGGAGGCCCCCACGCCGCUGCCCGCCCGCUCCCUGGACGCCCGGGCUGCUGGCGAGAAUGACGGCACCAUGUGGCGGACUCCGUUUGGGGAGGGGUGAGGUGGGGGCAGCCUCCUGAGACAGGAGUUGGACUCCAGAGCACACUGCAGUUGCAGGCCAUGCCCCCCCGGUGCCCACAAAAACGGUCCAUGGCGGGGGCUCAGCCUUCCUGUGUGUGGGCGGCGAGUGCCGAGGUGGGACCGGGCCGGCCUCUUGAGCCCACGGCAGUGGCGUCCACAUGGCGGGAGUGGCCGGCAGGGUGGGCUCAGGGCAGAGCUGCCGUGGGGCUCCAAUACCAGAUCUGUGCCCAGGAACUGGA